AUGAGGGCGAAUCAACCACCGCCGCUCACCUCCUCCUCCGCUGUCGCCGGCGAACGGAAUCGACAUCGCCGGCGGCCCGACCUCUCCCUGCCUCUCCCUCAACGCGAUACGUCGAAGGCCGUGCCUCUCCCACUUCCUCCUGGCUCGGCUCCGGCGGCGUCGUCGAGCUCGUCGCCGCCGGUGACCUUCUCCGACCUUCAUCGCUUGAACCGCAUCGGCAGCGGCGCCGGCGGCACUGUCUAUAAGGUUCUCCACCGCCCGACGCAGAGGCUCUACGCCCUCAAAGUGAUUUACGGUCACCACGAGGAGAUUGUUCGCCGCCAGAUCUAUCGCGAGAUCGAGAUCCUCCGAGACGUGGACAACCCUAACGUGGUCAAGUGCCACGACAUGUUCGACCACGCCGGCGAGAUCCAGGUCCUCCUGGAAUACAUGGAUGGUGGAUCCCUUGAAGGCACCUCUAUCCACCAUGAACCUUCCCUCGCACACAUCUCUCGCCAGGUCCUCUCUGGCCUCUACUACCUCCACAAGCGAAAAAUUGUGCACAGGGACAUUAAACCUUCGAACCUUCUAAUCAACUCAAAGAAACAGGUGAAAAUCGCGGAUUUCGGUGUGUCAAGAAUCCUCGCGCAAACGAUGGAUCCUUGCAAUUCAGCUGUGGGGACGAUUGCAUACAUGAGCCCAGAGAGGAUAAACACGGAUUUGAAUCAGGGGAUGUAUGAUGGUUACGCUGGAGAUAUUUGGAGCUUAGGAGUGAGCAUUCUGGAGUUCUAUUUGGGAAGAUUUCCUUUUGCUGUGGAGAGACAGGGGGAUUGGGCGAGCUUGAUGUGCGCAAUCUGCAUGUCGAAGCCGCCAGAGGCGCCGCCAGCGGCGUCGCUAGAGUUCAGGAAUUUCAUCGCCUGUUGUUUGCAGAGGGAUCCGGCCAGAAGGUGGACCGCCAGACAAUUGCUCGACCACCCUUUCAUUCUCCAAAGCUCUGGCGCCGGGGCCGCUGCCGCCAACCACGGCAAUCAGGUUCCUCAGGCUCGCCAACUAAUGCCUCCACCCCGUUCGAAUUUUUCUUCUCCUUGA